AUGUCUGAACCAACUCCAACUGCGAAUGAUGGCGAGGAUGAGAACGGAACCGCGGUGGCGGCAGCCCCAGCCGCAGAGGACGUCUCUCCCCCAAAAGUAGUAGAAGAAGAGAAGAUCGACGAAUUGGAGGAAGUGCGGCUCCCGAUCGAAGAAGAAGAAGAAGAAAAACGAAAUGGAGAGGAGGAACCCGAGGACAAGGACGAGGACGAUGACAAAGGAGACGAAUCUGAUUCCGAGGGCGGGGCUCAGAUUGCUCGCAGAAGAAGGAAACGUCGCGCGUUAGAGCUCGACGAGGACGACUACGACUUGCUCGAAGACAAUCAAGUCACAGGAUUUAAACGCAAGGAAAAGAAGAAACGAUUGCAAAAGAAAUCCGCUGCCGCAGUCGGAGAAGACGACGACGAUGACGACGACGAGAAGGAAGAUCAGCAGAAGAAAGAACAAGAACAAGAAGAAAAAGAAAAAGAUACAAAAAAAGAUGAAGUCGCCGGUGCAGACGAAGAGGCAGGUGGCGAGAAAGAACAACAACAACAGCAAGAUGACGCCGAAGAAGAAAAGAGAAGAGCAGCUGCCGCCGAACGACGAUUCGUCGAUUCAGACGACGAGGACUCCGAAGAAGAGAUGGCAGAUUUCAUCGUGCGCGAUGAAGGUGAAGAACGCGAAACGGACGAAGAACGCGCUCGAAGGAAAGCGUAUAAUCGUGCACAACGCGAGAGAGGUGGAGCUAGGUACGACCAAGUUCGUGAGGCUGCCGACAUUUUCGGAGACAUUUCAGACUUACAAAAACUGUUCGCCAACCGGAAGCGACCGGGAGACGAAGGCUACUUGGGUGGAGAGAGUUUACCAGAGGACGUCUUGGAAGAAGAAAGUCAAAGUGAAUACGAAACCGACGAUGAAGAUGUGGACGAUUUUAUCGUCGAUGACGAGGAAGGAGGAGAAAGACCACCCCGCGAAAAGAAGAUGCGUAAAGUUCGCAAGUUCAAGAAGCGAACGGCGGGAGUAACUCCAACCAAGUCUUGGGCGGAAUUUGCUUUUGAACCGUCCGUGAUCAAAGCACAAAUGCUUACCGCAACCGAUGAUGAAAUCAGAAAUGCCGAUUGGCCGGAAAGACUUUCAAUUGAAAACGUCCAAGUACCAAACUUGAACACGCCUCGCGAUUUUGCGGAAGAAGCUACGUGGAUUUACGAUCGCGUCAUGGGAGUUGGCUCAAUUCGAGGUAUCCCGACUGAAGCCGGCGAGCUUUUAUUGCGCGGAAAGAUGGAUUACGAGUCCGACGAAGUUAUGGAAAUGCGUUUAUAUCAACUUCAAAACGAAUGGGGAGGUCAGCUGCCGGACACGGAGAGGCAGAACGUGUUGAUAUGCAUCGAAUGGUUUUUGAAGAUGGUUCGCACGCAAGGUUAUGAAUUGGAGUACCUGGCGACAAAUAUGCGCGAUGACUUGCAUCCUCUUUUGCGUGGCAAACCAGAAGAAGCUCGCCCACCGCUCGUCGGCGAUCAAGUCAUCAUCCAAAGAAAGACUCGUUCCUUUGACGUCUUGCAAGCGGUAUACGAUUGGGAUAUUGCGUAUGUGAAGUUGCAAAACAGAAAGCAAAAAGCGAUCGAAACUUUGAAUAAAGAGUUGGAAGCACACAGCAACGAUCAACAGAGCGUGGCUACGCUAAUGCGAUUGCAAAAACUUAUCGCGAGUUCGAAGUACGACGAAAACGUUCAAGACGUGGAGUCGAAAAUGCAGCUGUUGUUGAAAGACGGAGCGGCAGCCUUGGAUGCGAACAGCACUGGAGGAAGUCGCCGCCCACGUCGACGAACGGCGUAUGAUAUGCACGUCAGUAGAGAUGUGUUAGAGUUGUUCAAAAUUUCUUCACCUGCACCCGAGAAGGUUGCGAUGGCAUUGGAUACCACGUUCGCGUGGGGAGAGGCUGAGGGCGUUUACGACGUGGAAGACGACGCUAUGACUGAAAUUUUACCAGACGCGUCGCCGGAAGAACUCGCAAAACAUUAUCUCGAUCAAGGCUACGAAGAUGAAGAGGAUGUCAUUAAAGCAUUGAUUGAAGUUUCCGCUACUGAACUCGCGAACGAUCCUGGUAUUCGUCAGUGGGUUCGAUUUCAUUAUCGUCAGUAUGCGCAGUCGACGACGAAACCCACGUUACUCGGCAACGAGCAAAUUGAUACAUUUCAUCCUUUAGCAGCGGUGAAAAGAACCCUCAACAAACCAUUAUGUCAUUUCACCGACAUCGAGUUCUCAAUGAUCGCCGAAGGAGUUCGGAAAGGAUUGCUUGAAUUCGACGCAUUUUUACCGGAACAAGAAGUUGAGAGACUCGUGCAAAACCUUUCAAACGCAUACUGCUCUGAAAAUGUUUCCGAGAAAGCCGAGCAAUGGAACACAAUUCGUCGAAAAGUUGUUGAAGAUGCUAUUAAGAAAAAGCUUGUUCCGCAAAUUGCACGAGAGACAACUGCGCAACUCGUAUUGGAAUCGAAAAGGUCGAUGGUCAUCGCCGCGUUCAAAGGAGCGUGGAGAAUGUUGAAUAAGAAGUCUUGGACGCCGCAGUUGAUUGGCGUGAAGGAAGAAGAUGUGCAUUCUACGUUGAAGCACUUGGAAGUACGCAUUAUUUCCGCAGUUCCUGCCUCAGAUCAAGAAACGCCGACCACGCUCGUCUCGUUGGAUGGUUCCGGGCAACUUGUUGACUUUUUAGAGCUGACGUCUUUCGGUAAGAGCGGAAGAGGCGGUUCGUACGGUACGCAGCAAGAAGAACAGAGAAAAGUCGCAGAGUUCAUAUCGAACCAUCGACCGCACUUAGUUGCAGUCGCGGCUUCGGGGAAAAAUGCCAAAACGUUGAAAGAAGAGCUCGAUCGCGUGACUGGUGGUUUCCUUGAGAAGGAUGGUUUUGUCAAAUCGAUUCCUGAAGAAGUGAGUGCGAUUGAGGUUGAGUUUAUUAACGACUCGGUUGCUUCGCUCUACGAAACAGCAUCGGCCCCGGUGAAAGAGAUGGGAGAAUUGCAAGCCACUAUUCGACAUGCUGUUGCGUUGGGUAGGUUUGCUCGCGAUCCGGCGGCGGUUGUGGCGAACUUACUGCAACCGAGCGGCGGUUCUCAUGAAGCCGCGACUAUUUCUCUCUGUCCAUUUCAAGAUGCCGCGUUGAGUCGCGAAGAAAGGGUGAGCUGCAUUGAAAGAGCUCUUCGCUGCUGCAUUAACCAAACUGGUGUGGACGUUAACGCGGCAAUGUCGCAUCAAUGGAUCGCUAGGUCUUUAGAACACGUCGCUGGGUUAGGUCCGCGUAAAUUGGUUCCAUUUUUGACGGCGAUUCGAAAAGUUGACGGCGGCGCGCUCGAUAACAGAGAAGAAAUUUUGACGGAAUUGCAUGCCGUCGAGGAACGCGUGUACGAAAAUGCCGCGUCGGCUAUCAAUAUCACCGAUGGGAACGUUCUCGAUGGCUCCCGCAUUCAUCCGAAGCAUUAUGACAAAGCUAUUGCAAUUGCCUCCAACGCGCUCGACAUUCAAAUUGACGAAUCCGGCGUUGGACGCGAACGCGCUCUCGAAAGAUGUUUCGAUCCGCGCGAGUGGCCGAAGCUUAGCGUUUUGAUGCUUGAAGAUUACGCAAAUUAUCUCAGCACUCCUGAAGGUGGUGGUGUGAACGCUUUGGAAAUUCUCAGAGACAUCCGCAUGGAAAUGCGCAAGCCGUUUGAGGAUGUCCGCUCAGAGUGGACUCGUCUCUCGAGCGACGAGAUCUUCACCGCCGUUACCGGCGAGACCGUGCACACGUUGCAAGCUGGUAAGCUCAUCACGUGUACGGUGAAGAGAAUCGAUGCUCGUGCUAACUGUGUGAUUGUACAGCUCGAUUCCGGAGUCACCGGUGUUAUUGAAAGACAAGACGUUUCGGAUUCGCCUUUCGAUCGUCUCGAUGACAAAGUUCACGUAGGACAAGUCAUUACUGCUCGAGUAAAAGCUCCCGAAACGACUGCGUAUGGACAACAAGUUAAAGGAAUCGAUCUUGAAAAUCUCAAGGUAUGGCUAACGUGUCGUGGCUCGCAUCUUUCUGAGGAUGAGUCGCGAAGAUGGGAAGAGCACGUUCUCGCGACGACGACUCCCUAUUAUUCCUUGGAUCCUUUACCGGGAGAGAAAACUAUAGCGGCUGCGCGAGCCUCGAAACCGAAGAAGAAACCGAACCAAGUCAAGCACGAAAAGUCUUAUAUCGCGCGUACAAUUGAUCAUCCUUUGUUCAAGAAUUGUUCGCACGUUGAAGCAACCGCUGAGCUUGCCGACGGCGACGUGGGUGAUUUCGUCAUUCGUCCUUCCUCUAAAGGCGUUAAGAAUUUGUCGUGCACCAUAAAAAUGUUUGACGACGUGUACUGGCACAUGGACAUCAGAGAAGGCAAGAAGCCUGGAACUGGUGGCACUGCAAACUUGAGAUUGGGUACACCACUCAUGAUCGAUACUUCGAAAGAAAAAUAUGAAGAUUUGGACGAAGCAGUUGCUCGCCAUAUUGAACCUGUGGCUGGAUUUUUGCGCGACGCUGUUAUGCACAGAAAAUUUUUGGGUGGCAGAGACCACGAGGUUGAUGAACAUUUGCAAGAGUGCUUCCGAAAGAACCGAAAUCAGCGCCCGUAUGCGUUAUCGGUUUCAGAUAAACAUCACGGAUAUCUUUGCAUUUCGUACAUCAUGUCUGCGAGCGGCAACGUCCAUCACGAGUACGUCGAAGUCAGACCGAUUGGAUACUACUAUCGUAAAAUGGAAUUUCCUACCGUCGAUCGUAUGUUGGCGCACUUCAAGGUAAACUGUAACAAACCCGUCGACCGGUAA